AUGGAAACGUACGAUAAAUUGGUGAAAGUGUUCGGUGAUGAAGCCCUGAGUCGUGCUCAGGUGUUUCGAUGGCAUAAAAAUUUUAAAAAUGGUCGUGAAAGCGUCGGGGAUGAACCGCGAAGUGAGAGACCGGUUGAAGCUCGAACUGACAACAAUGUUCAGCGUGUGCGCACNAUUUGUCCAUGAAAAAGCUGUGUGCAAAGAUGGUACCGAAGAACCUUUCGGCGUGCCUUCAGUGUGUCGCGAUUUUUGACCUCUAAGAACAUCGCAGUGUUGCCACAAGCGCCCUAUUCGCCGGAUAUGUCACCCUGUGACUUCUUUUUGUUCCCUCAAACAAAAUUGGCCGUGAAAGGAACGCAUUUUGAGUCCAUAACUGACAUCCAGAACGCCGUGACGAGGGUACAUCAGGACAUUCCAGUCGAAGUCUUCCAGAAAUGUUAUGAGAGCUGGAAAAAACGUUGGAAUCAGUGUAUAGUGGUGGGAGGGGAGUACUUUGAAGGGGAUCACAUCGAUGUAUCUUAAUAUUUAAAUAUACGUAUUUUAUUGAAUUAGUCUCAUUACUUAUUGGUUAGACCUCGUAUAUAAUAAAUACGUACAUAAUAUAAAUGUUUAAAAUCUCUUAACUUGUUACCUAUUGAGGUAAAUGUGGAUUAAGGUGAAAUAAGAAUUAACAUAAUUUGUAUAGUAAUAACAUUGGUUAUAAAUUCACCGUAUAAAUUAUACUACUGACGCCAAUCCCGUAUUUAAUAAACUAAAAAAAAUAAAAAGGUUAGAUACUGGCAACGGGUGUAGGCGGAAAGUUGGGAAGGUAGAAUAUAGACGUGAAUUGAAUGUAUAUCUGUAAGCAACGAUAAACCAUUGUUUAUGAAAAAACUAUUCUGAACGGAGUUCAGUUGAUAGUGAUGCUUUGUCACCAAUUUAUAUAUAUAUGUCAUUUUCUAGUAACAUGAUUAAAAAUGCUGUAUAUAUUUUUUUAAAUAAAAUUUGUUUAAUGUACUACUGUUUUUCCCGAUUUUUCACAUUUGCUGGGAAAAAUAUUGGGAAAAUCAAAAAAUGACCUUUAAAGUACCUUCCUAGUAAAAUUCCCUUUUAGAAAUAUUGCUAUGAUUAAAAGUUUGAGCAAAAUUGCUGGUUGAAAAGUUGCGCAUAGGAAAAAAAAAUCGUAAGGUUAUAUUUAUUAUAUUUCGUAAAUUUUCUCAUUUUUUGUUUCUGUUUUUCGGAUUUGAUGAGAAAAUCGAAAAAUGACUUCCUUAGAGUACCUCCCCACGCCGAUUUCCUUUCAGAAAAAGUGUUACACCUAGAAAUUCCACGUAGAAAAUUUUCCGAUAGAAAAGUUACACACAGAUAAAAAAAAAAUUAAAACAAAUAUCUUCGUAAAACCAUAACUUCUUCGCUCCACUCAGAAUCUAAAAUAUUUAUAAUACAAAAUCCAGUUUCCAUUUUUUUGGAUGCUCAGUUUAUCGAUAACCUCAUAUACCAUGAUUUUUAUUUAUUUACCGGUGAUAUGUCAACCCAUAAAGCCAAACCAUUAAGUCUGUUCUAAUAAACAAAGUAUAUAAUAAUUACUAAUUUAUAAUUAUAUUUCAAUAAUAAAUUGGAAAAUUGACAAAAUAUUUACUUUUGUCAUACUAUUUCUUAGGUAAAAAAAUGGUAAAAUGUAUGAAAUGUAGGUAUUAGUUGAAAAAUAUUUCGUCCUCUUUUUUUUCUUGUGAAUUACUUUUCUAACAGCCAUAAUUUUGCUCUUAUUUACAAUAGAAGCACUUUUUCUGAUAGGAAAUCUUACCAGGAAGGUAUUUUAGAGGGGUCAUUUUUCGAUUUUUCAAGUUUUCCCAGAAAAUGUGAAAAACCGGGAAAAAACAUGGGAAAAUUGGUACAAUAUUAAACAAAUAUUAUUAAAGAAAAUAUAUUUAAUUUUACCAUUAUAUAUUGUUGACAAAGCAUCACUAUCAACUGAACUCCGCUCAAAAUCGUUUUUUCGUUAGCAAUGGUUUAUCGUUACUUACAUUAAAUUAUUUAUAACAGUGGUUGCGUCCGUCUCCAUUAUUCUAGAACGUCUUUUUUCCGUGCUUUUUUUUUAAAUUUUGUUUUUGUUCAGACUGUUAUUAAUUGGAACAAUAAUAUGUAUUUCAUCGUUAUUUAUAUGUUAUAUUUAAAACCUACCUACUCUAAAAUCGAAAUUUAUAGACGCAACAGUUUUGCUCAAAUGAGGUUAGUCUACUAUAAGAUUUGCCAUGGUAAAUUCUGAAAUAUAACGUUUUGCCGGGUAUGAGGUUUGCUUAAUUCGACUUUUCCCGUAACAGAUACCACAAAUUCGUUGAGAGUAACCGAUGACUAUUUCCCCUCAAAAUUGGAAUCAGUUACAAAAUUAUGAAAUUCAUUUGGUUUUGCCGGUCACACUAGUUACAAAUCGGUCAAAAACUAUUGUGACCAUCUUGGAUAGACGUUAACGAUUGGUGACUUCAUUAUCCUCUCCAGAAUUAUUAUUUUCUCUCGUUAAACCAUCAGCGCGAUAUGGCGUCUAGAACAUGUUACCAUUAUUAUCGUAGCCGUUUAAGUUGUUGCUGUCUUUGUCGUAAUCUGUCGUUCAAAAUGAGUCUUAUUAUUUUGCAACAAUAGGGGGGGGGAUAUACCUUGUAGUUUUAACGAAAAUAUUCACCGUUAACACCGUCUCACACUCACACCGGAUAGAGUAAGAGUAUAAACCUAACCGGAUACUAUGAAUUGUAACCGUACCAAAAUGGUUUACUAUCAAUUUGUGACCGGUGACUCUCAAUGAAUUUGUGGAUACACUCUGUAUAUUUAUCUGUGAAACAUUUGACCAUAAUUUAUUUGAUUUGAUUGUCUGAUAUAUUAUAGGUUUUGUGUAAUAAUAAUAAUUAUAAAAAUAGUGUGUUAAUUUAUAUUUUUAUUUGUAACCAUUGUCUAUUAAAAUAACAAUUAAUUGUUGAUACUCAAAGAAAAUUUAAAAUAUUCAUUCAAGUAAUUGACACUAUUAUAUUAAACUGAAGUACAGAAAACAUGUUAUAGGUAUUAUAAAAACAAUUUUUAAGUUUCUUACGGUCAUCGUAUAUGCUAUUAAUAUUUACUUUUUCUUCAAUUACAUCAUCGAGUUGAAAUUACCGACCCAGAAAACCGUAAUGCCAACAAGCAUCGUUGUCUAUUUUGUUUUUUUUGUCUACCUAUCGUUAAUGAGUUGCAACAUAACUACAUGAGAAAUUUUUUUAUUAUUAAAAACUAAGGGUGUAAAAUAAAUUACAAUUUAGAUUCUAUUGUAAUAAUUAUAUUUGUAACUAGCCGUAAUCUGAUAGAUAUAACUGCCAUUUAAGUUUUUUUUCUUAUUCUCCUUGAGACAUUUUUCAAGGACAUGGUGUCACGAUUUUAUAAUUUUAAUAGCAAACUAAUAUAAGGCAAAAAAAACAAGUGCAUAUUUCAUUUACCAGAGCAAUAGACAAAUUUGUAUAUUAUAUAUGAUUCUAACUAUUUUAGUUCAAAGUUUUAAUUUUGCAAAAUAUAUUAAUAAAUACAGAAUAGCGGUUACAUUUAUUCACGUGAUUCAUCUGUUUUGAGAGGUCAUAAAGAGAAAGAUAAUGCCCUUGAGUAUAUCACGACAGUAACUAUUAAUCCGUUAGCUGUAAAUUAUUUUAAUUUGACCUUCAAUUUAAUCCUUUUUUUUAGGUAUAUUGAUACAUUUUGUCCUCCUUGUAUACAAGAAUAGUAUAAUAAUACAAAUAUAAUACGAUCGUCACAUUAAUAAUUUAUCAUAAAAAUGAUUCUGUAUUAAUAAUGUAUUGUUAAACUAAUUAGGUAUUUAAUUAUAUUUAUUAAAUAUAAUAACGAAUAUUAGAGGCCUAUAAAUUAUAUUAUAUUAAUACAAAUACAUGCCAAUGAAAACAAAUCAAUUUUUUUCUAUAUAAUAUCAAAAUUGGUUCUGUUCUAAUUUUAAUAAAUGAUAGUGAUAUUAUUAUGCAAUUUUAAUUUUAUUUGUAUUAAUUUAUGUGGCAUUAUAGUUUGUUAUAUAAUAAUUUUAAUAUCAAUGUACUCAAAAUAUAUAGGUAUGAAUUGUAUUAUUGUAUUAUGUUAUAUAAAGGAAAAAAAUUAUUAAUCAGAGUAUGGUAGAAUUAUUAAAAUUAAACAUUAAAAUGCUACAAUAACUUUAAAAUUUAUAAAAUGUAUAGGGAUCAGUGGUGGAUUUUGGACAUUAGGGUCAUUUUCCUACCCAAACACCGUAGUAUAGUCACAUUAUAAAGAUAUGGAUAGGCUAUCCUUUUCUAAUCAGUAUUCUAAGAUUGAGUUAUAAAGUGAGGUGGUUUUUUUCUUUUAUAGUGUUUUAAAUUUUGAGAGUAGCGAAGAAUGUAUUGAUUGUCUAAGUUGUUUUAGAUUCCGAGCGUAGCGACGGAGCUAUUGGUUUUACAAUACUGUUCAUUUCUUCUUCUUUUUCUUUCUUUCUUUGUUCUAAUUUGUAAACACGUUUUUUCUUAGUAAACUUGUUCCAAUUUUUACGUGUAGUAACUUUUAUGAAAGCUCAAAUCAUCUAGAUUGUACUUUAAACAGGUCAUUUUUUAAAUAAAAGCACUUAAGUGGGAAAAAACGUAGGAAAACAUACAAUUUCACGAUUUCAAUAUUUUAUAAAAACCUUUAAUGAAAGGAAAUUUUCUUAAAGCGGUACUUUAGGGAGGUCGUAUUUUGAUUUUCCCGGUUUUUUUUCCAAUAAACGAGAAUAAGUGGAAAAAAAACGUAAGAAAAACGGGAAAUUUAGGAAAAUAAUGCAUUUAUUAUUUGUUCAAUUUUGUUAUUUGUGGCAGAAAACUUACCUUUUCUAGACAUGAUAAAAUUUUCAAAAUAUUUGGGCCAUUUUUAGGCUUUUAAAAAAAAUUUAAUAUUUUUAUGAAUAUCAGUUUAAAAUAUUCGUAUCGAAAUAAUGGACUUCAAAUUUAGACAAAAACUUAUAUUUAUAUUUUCUAGACGUAGUAAAAUAUUCAAAAAAUGUAUGCUAUUUUUAAGCUAUUAAUAAAAAUUUUAAUUUUGCGAGUUUUAUACGUAAUUUUUAUUCGGUAAGUACUGUGUGGUAAAAUUGUUAGACUAAACAGAAAUGCGUGAAAAUUUAAUAGGAAGUUCAUUAAAAGUCUUACUUUGAGGUCCAAAAAUAAAAUUGAAUUUAAUGUAGAAUUUUUUUACACAAAGGAAUUUUAAUAUCAAGUCUUAACAAAAAUCUUUCGAGUAAAAAAUGAUAUAGAACCAAUUUAAUUUUUCAAUUCUUUGUUUGACCUUAUGUAUUUUGCUAGUUGAAGAACGGUGGUGAAGUAAGAUUUGAGCGGACUGACAUCGUUUCGAAAUUAUAGCUUUUUGAAAUUUUGAUAUUAUGCGGAUAUUAUAUGAGACCUAGAGACCUAGAUAAAAUACCCUACUAUAUGUUGUACAAACUUUUAUACCAGAAAUCUUGCUCCGAUAUAUCAAGUGUAACUUAUUUUCUGAAAGGAAAUUUUAUCUCCAUGAUAACUUAGGGAAGUCAUUUUUUAAUUUUCAAGCAAUUUUUAUAACAUCUAGGAAUACCAGAAUAAAAUGUUGAACAAAUUGUAAAUAUAUGAAAUGUGUAAGUAUUAGUAAAAUAAAAAAUUUAAUAAAAUAAAAUUUUUUUUUUGAGUACAACUUUUCAACCAGAUAUUUUGAUCCAAUUUAAAAGUUUUCCCAGCAAAUGUGAACAACCGGGAAAAUCGGUACAAUAUUAAACAAAUAUUAUUAAAGAAAAUGCCUGGUUAAUUAUUUACGAUAAAAAACAUAUUUAUUAUUGACAAAGCUGAACUGUGCUUAGAAUCGUUUUUUCGUUAGCAACGGUUUAUCGUUGAUUACAGAUAUAUAUUAAAUUACCUAUAACAGUAGCUGCAUCCGACUCUAUUAUCCUAGAACGUCUUUUUUUAUCUAUAACUUUAUCAAUAACUGAUAAAUCUUACUUUUCCGCACCUCCUAAACUUCUCAUCUCACAUACAAUUAAAUUAUUAAUUGUUAAAAAAUUAACCUCUCCAUUAUUUUUGAUUAUAGUAUGCUUUUUUCUUGUAUUGUGGUAAAAUGUAUAUUAUAAGUAUUAAGAAUAAAUUUCAUUGUAGCGAAUGGUUUUGCCUACCCCUCCCCCAAAAAUAAAAAAAUUACGGUCUGGAUCAGUCACUGAUAUGGAUAUAUAUUAAUUAAACCUAUUUAUAUUUUAACAAUUACCAAUAGCAUAAACAUUUGGUAAAAAUGUUACAUUUGAAUUAAAGAUUUAUAGGUUUAUAAUGUACAUAUAUAGGUGUAUCCAAAUAUAACUAAAUUAUAAAACGUAUAUUGUGUUGUUCGUGCGUUUUUCCAAUCUAAUCCUUUUAUUUAAAACACAAAAAAAAAAAAAAAUACUAAUAUAAACUAUUAUUAAUGUAGUAAAUAUGAUUUUAUCUGCAACAGUUGUGAUGAUAGGAACAUAGCAAAUUUACACAUAAGUCUGUUAUUUCUGUGUAUUGAUUAAACACACAAUUAUCUUAAACUUAUUAAGAAUGUAAAUUUUGUUUAAAAACAUUUGUACUUUGUUUCGUAUCUAUGUUAUCAAUUUCAAUACCACGAUGAAAAAUAUGGUGAAAAUGAAAUUACAAAUUAUAUUUAUUUAUAUAAAUAUGUUUUUCUAAUAAUGACUCAUAUUGAAUAUCAUUACACACUAAAAACUAAACAAUUUCUAUAAUAAUAAUUUUUAAUAUGAUUUGCAUUUGUUUAAUUGCUCAAUCAUUUUAUUUUUCACGUGUACGUCGUACGCCAUCAAUUGUAUAAAUGGUUAAAUAAAAAUAACUUUUACAUUACAAGCUAGUAAGUAAGGACACGAGUUUCAGUAUUUGUCGUUAAACGAUUUUGGAAUUUAUGUUAUAAAUGAUAUUGCUAAAUCGAAUAUUAUAUUGAACUCGUACCACAAAGAACUUGUCAAGGAAAUCUCUAAUAGAUUAGUUUUCGCGAUUUAAACGUAUUUCAUUUUUUUUUUUUUUAUAGAUAUUUUAAUUAAAACUUCCUUGGGUUCUUUUAUGUAUAAUCAAUCAAAAUUAUAUCGAACUAAAUAUCAGAAAUGCUUAUAAUUUGAUGUAAGUUUGUAGGCCAGGGGCAUAUUUAUAGGCAGCUAUUGGCGCCUGCCAACGGUAUGUGUUAACCUAUGAACCCUAAGCCUUCAGAUAAAGAUAUCAUAUUAGACUUCGUGGAUGGUAAAACCGACAUUUAAGGGUUAAUUGAAUUAUCGAUCUUGUAUAUUCUAGACUAUAGAAUCUAGAGUCCAGAUAAACGCAAAAGAUAGGUAUAAGUCGUAUUAUUUUGGGUGUGGUAUAAUACGAAUUCUUUAAUAUAGAGGUUCCCAAAUUGUUUUUUUUCGUACACCACUCAUACGUAUUAUAGAUCUGUCACGUGACACUUAUGACUAAAAAUUUAACAAUUCAUAAUGUCUAUACCAUUUAUUUUAAAAUGAUAAGAACAUAAGACAGUAAAAUACUACAAUAUAAUCAACAUUAUACAAAUUAAAAAAAAAAUAUAUAGUAUUAGAUCCAUUAAAAACAUUUGUACAAGUAUGUAUUAAUCAAUUCUCCGAACUACUACCACUCGGCCUUCUGCAUACCACCGUGUUGCUUACCACGUACCACAGUAUGAGAACUGCUGCUUUAAUAAAUCAAUUCUAUUGUGCAGUGUAGCAAUAUAAUACAAUGACCAUAGAAAAUAUAAUAUAAAAGAUGUUAGAUUAAAAAAUGAAAAUGCUAAAAUCAAAUUUUAAUAAGUCGAAUGUAGUCCACGAUUGGUAUACCUACCCAUAAUAUGUGCGACCGAAUUAGUAUUUGAAUAGAACACUCACAGUAGGAUGUCAUCGGCAAAAUUAUUGUACAAUAUAAUGCUAACUCUUUUAUCUCUUAAUAAUAAACCAUUACGCAGUUUAUGUUUUUAAGUUUUAACUACGACACGAUUUUACAUUUCCGAUUUCUAUGCGUGUCUGAAAUUAAUAUAUUUUUUAUUAAUAAUUACCUAUAUUGAUUCGGUAUUAAAUAUUGGAUUUAUACGAUCCAAUUAAAUAGCAAUACAUAUGAAUCUUUUAUUUGUUUUUAUUGAUUUUAGUUAUGCGAAAUGUAUGUUGUACGUUGAUUUUUGAAGGUCAAAAUGCGAUUUUUUACGAAUUUCAGGUAAUAUUUUUUUCACCUUGUGUGAUUUUGAAAAAUGAUUUUUUCAUUUUUUCGACUUGUUUAAAAAAAAAAUGAUGCACAUCCUAAUUUAUAAAAAAAAGACAUCCAUAUGAAGAAGUCUGUAUGUAUAAGUACAUAAAAACUUUAUAAUUCUCGUGGUUUAUGGAUUUGAAGUAAUUUAUAUUUUUGUAUUUUCAAUCAAGUAAAAAAUACGGAUUAAUUUUAAAACUAUCAUUUUUAUUUUUCUAUCAAAUCAUAUACAUUAGUUUAUUAUUGGCUAUAUAUUUUAAAUAAUAUAUCUAGUAUAUUACUAAAUUGUAUUCGAAAUAAGUGAAAAGAGACGAGUGUUACACAACUGACACAACCCUAUGAAAAGAGAGAGUGCCACUUGUUUGAAAGUCCGUUUGUUCAAAAAUCUAUAUAUUCCAAAGGUCGUUUAUUCGAAAACAAAAUUCAGAGAUUAGUAUUCAAAUAUAACUUAGCGUUUAUAUAAAGAUGAGAAAAAAUUCAGAAUGAAAUUGAAAAUUCUAAAAAACAAGAAUAAUUCAAGGCCGAAUAAAGAAAAAAGGCAACGAAGAACGGAAAUGGCGGAUUAAUGAUAAUAGUUCUGAGCCUAAAAAAAAAAAAACUUAGUAUACAUUUUACAAUUUUUCAAAUUAUUGUUAAAACUGUGAUUAAAAUAUUUUAUUAAAUUUAUCAAAAAACGUAAUUCUUGUUAUUUUCGUAUUUUCACAAUGUCGAAAAUACGACCUUUUGAACAAACGACAUCUGAACACUUGAUUUUCGAACAGGUGACUCCCUUAGUCUUGUGAAAAUCCGAUUUUUUAAUGUGGAGUUUGUGAGUUUUUUAUUUAGUGGCGUACCUAAUUCUCUCGUACGGAGGGGGGGGGGGCGAAAUAUAUUUUUCCAUUUUUAAAAUAGAAAAUUUCUUAAAAAAUUACGUCACAGCUAACUUAACCUAAUAGGAAUUUUAUAUUUAUAAAAUAUUAAAUAGAACAUUUUAGUAGGAACAUAAAAAAGAAAUUGUUUUUUAAUAUAAUUGAAUUAUAACACUAAAGUCUAACCUCCGUCUAAUAAUUAUUAUAUAAAAUAACGUAUUUAUGCGGAAUUUUUUCUUUGCUUUUUUUUGAAAAAAACCGUUAGCCCUAUUCGAACUUCCUGGAAAAAUUCGUCCAUCCUUCUGUAAUGAGGUAAAGUUUUAAAUGUAAAAUGCAUUAUUUAUUUUAUUCUGAAUUUUGUUUACGUAAUUCAUUUGUAAAAUUAAAGAACAAAUUUAUAUUACCUAUUUAUGAAAAUGAUAAAGGUCGAGAUACUUUUCAGAAAAAAUAUUUUUUCUAAAAUGGGUUUUCAAAAAAACCAGAUAUUUCUAUAGUCUCAAAAUUUCAAUAACGGCCAAUAUAAGAUUUUGGCUUUUGCCGAUAUGUCCUAUAGACGUGUGCAUAAAAUGUUUAAACUUAACUUGAAAUUUCAUUGACUCAGGAAACCCUAUUCGGUUACUUUUUCAACAAAAAGUCACUUUUUUCAUUUUUAAUUUGUCGUAAGUUUUUUCGUACUAUUUAUAACAAUUUUUUCCAAAUAUAUUGAGAUUUAUUGUUAUACAAGAAAUGUUUUUUUUUUUUUUUAUGCAUAAAUACUGAACUAAUUAAAUUUUACUUAUCUAAGUUAAUUAAUAACUUUAAUCUUAAUUCUAACAUAAUUGUUAUAAAUGCUGUUUGGUCAAGCGUACAUUCGGUUGAUCAAAUCAAGAUGAAAUUGUAUCUAAUUGUAAUUUAAUAGUUAUAAGUAUCUAUAUAUUCUACCUACAUUUAAAAAUGGGUAUGCUUUCAUCCUUCUAAAAUUCCAUGGUUAUGCCCAAUACACAUUAUACAAUGCAACUAAUACAAACUAUAAACUAUAACUAUAAGUUAUAUAAACUAUAACAUAUUUAUAAAUUAAGUUAAAUCUUAUGAAACUCGUUUUAUUAAUGUAUUUAAGUAAGUCACUUUUUGGUCACUUUUUUUUUAUCAAUUUUAAUCACUUUAUCCAUUAGUACAACACGGUGUUAGCAACCCCGCAUUGUGGAGGCCCAGGUGCCUGCCUAACCCCGUCUAUUUAAGUCUUUGCUUUACGGCACCUUUUUAUCGUACAACACUCUUGUCGCUUCCCUCCUCUUCAUAUUGCCAAACAUAAUAUUCCACUACCAGUUAUACAUCGGCCGUUCACUUGCAUUACGACUGCCUACCUAAAUACAACAUAAUAUCAACUCCUCGUCUCACUUAUCACACACGGAAACGUAUCCCGGUCGAAUGUCCGAAAUAUUACGGACACGUCGUCGUGUCGCGGAUAUUUGGCAUCCGUACGUACCCGUGUCCACUGUGCGUAAUAAAAUAAUAUCGUGUGUCCGACGGCUUGUGCACGCGUAGGUAUAUUUCAUGCUACGCGCAGUCGGGUACCUACCUACCUGCGUAUACCUCAUAAGUUCAUUAUUAACGGUGAGCGGCGAAACUGGUUUUCCGGGGGGGGACUCGCGCGCGGGAGUCGUCGGGCGGGUGUGAAUGUGCGAGCGCGUAGUCGUACGCGUUAUUAUUGUAAUACACCUAUGUUAUUGAUGUUAUUGUUGUGUUUGUUGUGUUUGUUGUUGUUGUUUUUGUAGUAGUAAUAAUAAUCGUACGGCGCUCGCGAUGUAUUGCGCACGUGUGUGUGCGUGUGUGCACGUGAUCUGACGCGGGGAAGGAGGUAAUCGCGCGCGCGAGUUGCGUUCGCGGUCGGCCGGGGGCUCACCAACGGCGACGGACCGCGGACAGCACGCAGUCCGGCGAGCAACCGCGGUGCUACAGAUCCGUUUCUCGAUUUGCGGCUCAGUGACGGUGGCGGCGACGGUUAUUUUAAACGAUAAAACUCGCGCGAUUUGUUUUUUUUUUUCCUCGUAUUACAAUACGUAAUAUUAUUGUCAUAUUGUAUUAUGUGUACGUAUUUUUUUCCCCGCGGUUAUUACACGAAACAUUGACUGACCGUUACAGUAAAAUUGUCACCGCGCACCCGAUGUUGGUCGCAUUUCGAUAAUUAAGAAAAAAAAAAAACCCGACACGUCCGUUCUGUGUAUAGUAUUCGCGAAUUCUUUCGUUGUCGAUUUUUAAAUAUGCUUUGAUAUUAUUAUUCAAAAUACGAUCGGCUUGUAUUUUCUUUUUAAAUUUCGUUUCGCGCCGCCGAACGUCGCCAACGCCGUAGUUAUUACUCGCGAACGCGUAUAACUGCAGAUGUCGUGUUAUUAUUGUUAUUACAAUAAUAUUACGCGCUCGCAUAAUACAACCAUAAUAUUAUAAUAUUAUAUUAAUGAUAAUAAUAUAAUUAUUUUUAUUAUUGUACAAUACAAUAAUAUACGCGCAACACCCGGGCAUGGAUUACAAGAGUUUAACGAUUAGAAAAGCUCCGCGCACGUUGUAGAUUAGGUAUGUUCUCCAUAUAAUAUGACAUAAUGUUAUUAUACUUGUGAAUAAUUUUUUUACUUUUUUUUAUUUUUUCGUACGCGUCGCAGUACACAAUGUUCUGUAGUGAUAUUACAACAUAAAUAAUGCACGCGGGGCGUAUGUUGUACGUUUUUUAAUUUUAAGUACGUGCAAUAGUAUUGUAAUUAUUAUAGUGGUCGUCCGUGUAGUAUAUAUAUAUAUAUAUAGGCACUUGUAAUACGAAGAUAUUAUAAUAUAUUAUUACUGUAUAGUUAUAGAGGUGACCGAUAGUGGGUCUGUGUGUCGUCUUCGUACGUAGAAAACAAUAUUAGGUAGGUAUAGGUAUAUUAUUAUUAUUAAUUUUUUUAUACAUGUCACCCGUGAGUUACUGCCGUUGUGUUUAGUACCGCAGUAUUAUUACUACUGUAUAUUUUGUUGAAUUUUCAAUAAAAUAAAUUUAAAAAAACUCGCCUUACGACUAUAAUAUUGUAAGCAUUUCGCUUUCGACAAAUUUCGUACCACUCGUCGUGAGUCGUGAUACUUUCGCAACAAGUGGUUGCGCGCGUUAACUUGUAUAUUAUUAUAAUAUACGAGUAUGCACGUAAGUGCGAGGCCGCCACUGGCUUUGCUCCUAAAAUAUAAACAUUAAUUUAAUUUAAUUUUUUUUUUCCCGUACAGUACAUAUACUAUUCGUCGGUAGGUACGUAAUAAUAUUUCCUGACAAAUCAAAAUCACAAAUUAUUUGAAAUUAUACUUAUAUAUAUAGUUACUACUACGUCACAAGGUCAGUUAUAUCAUAAUAAUAAUAACGCAGGUAAUAUAUUAGAUAUAUAAUAUGCAAAACAUCACAGCCAAAAACUUAUCGCAUUAUUACAAAUAUUGCAAUUACAUAAUAUACACAUUAAAAACAUCGCUAUUUAUUAUAGAAAGUCGUACAAUACAAUUACCUAUAUUAUUAUUAUUAUAUCUUGCUUUACAGUCUUCGGUAAAAUGUCAUCGACUUCGCUAAGAGAUUUCAAUUUUAAAACGAUUCUUAUUUCAUAUGGUUUUACGGUCUUCGUGCGUUUAUUACUUUUACUUUAGUGUGUUUUGCAUUUUUUUUUUUUUUUGUUUUGUUUUUUUAUGUGUGUGCUACUCCCCCAGACUUGCAAUAACCUUGAUGAGUAUCAAUACUAUAUCAGCGAACGUCGAACUAUAAAAUGUCAAGUACUUCUAUCUGUAUCUGUACCUACUGCUCUUUAGAAAAAAUACAUUAAAUUUCUAUAAAAAUAUAUUUUCAUAAACAAUUUUAAAUUAUUACACCUAUGUGUACAAUAUUUUAUGUGUCGUAGUAGUAAUAUGGUGUCCGGGAUUCUUAGUUUCGAUUUUCUACACAAAUAGCUUAUUAUAGUUGUAUUCUAUUUUACGAUUUUUUAACUAGGAACGCAAAAACUUAAUAAAUUAUAUAAAACAAGCAAUAAUUUUAAUUCAUCGGCGUCGCUGGUGUAAACAACUUUUAUAAAUUAGUAUACGUUGACCCGGUAAUCAUCGGGUUUUCGGUUUUAAUUUUUAGACUACGGCGAAUCUUUAUUUUAAUAUUAAAUUCAUAUAAACAUUCGUACCUACUAGAGAACAGCCCGGUUUUAUAAAAAUGGGACUGGACUUGACCAAAUAUUUUAGAACAUUUUUCAACUGGGUUAGACCAAUUUUUAAAAUUUAUUUUUCAACCCAGACCAAUUUAAACCAAGCUUACACAUUUUAUUUAAAACCCGGAUCAGCCCAGUUCGGAUUAUAUAUUUAAAAAAAAAACCGACCAGGACAGUUUAGACAUUCAUAUUUCAGUAUUUCACAAUGUUAUACGUACAUAGUACUACAUUCGAUAGUAAACAACGUUAAUUUUUAUAAUUUCCUGUUUUGAUCGAAAAUAAUAUUUAAUAAGCAAUAAGACAUGCCGAUAAUGAAACGGUCCUGUUUCAAGAAAUAUGAACACAUGCUAAUUAUAAAUAAUUAGAAAUAAAUUGACAAAUAAUACUAUCGUAUUUUUCUAAUUAUAAAAUCCAGACCAAAAACCGGAAGGUCAAAAGACCGGACCGGACCACUCCAGUGAUAUAUAAAACAUAUUAUGAUUUGAACCAAACCUAACCCAUUAUGGUUGUCCCAGACUCGAACAUCUCAACCAAAGCAUGUUGACCGGACCGGACUUAACCCGGAUCCCGGUCCGGUCCGAGUUGACCCGGGACCGGGCUGAUCUCUAGUACCUACCUAUUAUAAUAUUUACAUGCCGAGUUAUAAACAAAUAUACAUUCAUGUACGCUAUAUAAUACGAAUAUAUAGUAAUAAAUUCAACACAAAAGAGUUUUCUUGAUUUUAACUCAGAACGAGUUCCGCUCUCAACGAGCAACUUUCCCGUCGGGGUAUUCUAUAUAAUAAGUAUCACUGCAUACCUCUAUUAUAUAGUGUCACAUGAUAUCCGUACAUUAAACGCGAUUUAUAAUAACGACACGAUCAUCCUAAUAUGCAUAUUAUUGUGUUUAAAUAUUGUCUAUAGUAUCAUAUUUUACCUAUCAUAGUAUAAUGCAUUGCAGUUAAUAUUUACGUAUUUAGGCACCUACGCCGCAUGUAAAUCCGCCGAUCGUUCACUAUAUAAUAUCAUCUAUUUUAUCUUUUCAAAAAUCACGGAUAUGUAUAUACGGAUAUAAUAUAUUGGAUACAUAUAAAAAUGAACUAUUAAUUAAUGUAUAAUUAAAAAAUAAUAAUUGGCAUGUUGGAUUCAUGUUGGAGAAUAUUGUUAAUGCGCGGUCUUCUUGCGUGAAAUCAUAUAUAACUCAUGCGGUUAUACAUUAUGUACAACAAAACUGAGAAUUGAAAAAUUAAACAGGAAAAACCACAACAAUAGCCAAUACAGGUACUUCGAAAAAUAAUAAAAAAUGUUUACGGUAUAAUAUUUUUAUCAAGUUGUUCCAUGUCCCGUAAAAAAUUAAGAUAUACGUGACUUAUCGCAUCAUGUUGAAUACCUACAGAUACUCACACAUAUCAAUACCGAUGCGUGUAUUCAUAUUAGGUUUUAGCGUUAUUAUAAUCUAAAAAUAUAUAUAUAUGUAUAAUAAUAUUAUACCGUGUUUAGGAACGUAAAACGAUGGUCAUAUUAUAUUCAUCUCGGUGGACAUAAUAAUAUCGUCAUUUCAUAUUUUGUUGAACAUAUUAUUGGUAUUUGUUUUAACUUUAAUUUACUAUCUAAUUCAAAAUAAAUAGGUUUAAAAAAUAAUAUGAUUAAAUUACUAAAACAAGUGAAAUCAAAAUAGAUAAUAAUAUGUUUAUUGCUCGACGUGUUUAUGACGGCAUACAUUAUUUAGACCUGUGGUUGUGUACGUGCUCUGCAAACACCUAAAUAAGUGAAAUUUUUAAAAAAAAAUGUUUAAAGCUAAUCAAAUAAAAAAACAAUACCUACAAGUUUUUUGAACUAUAUCUAAUAAUAAUAAUGCGAUUUUAGUACCUGGAACAUACUAUUUUUUUUUUUUUUUACAAGUUUUAUUUUAAAUAUCUAAGUAAAUGUAUCGAAUAUUAUAUCUAUCAUGUAUGUGACAUGUUCUGCAAUUAAAUGCAACAAUUAUAUGAUGAAAUUUAAUAUUAGAUAAAACUAAUCUUUUUUUUUUUAAUAUAACACGUGGAUAUGGCGAAAAUGUAUAUCUUUAUAUUACAAGAAUAGCAAGUAUUUUAAAGAAAAAAUAGCACGUGUAGUAAUGUACGCAAUAGGUACCUAUGAUAUACCUACGGUAUACCUAAUAGGUAUAAUAACGGUUUAUCAAAUUAUUUCAAAAUAAAAUGUAUUAAAAUAAUUUUGAUUUGAUAUUAUAGUUAUGGAUAUAAUACUAUAUAGUAUAUUGUAGACAUACCAUAGUGGCAUAGUACAAUGAUUUGAAAAAAAUCGUGUUAUAAAAAAGAAAAAAACAAAGUGUAGGUUCUUGAUUGUAUUCAAAUUUGUAAUUAAAUAAUAGCUAUACCUAUCACAGAUAUAUACCUACCCAACAAAUAACUACAAUUAUAGUAUUGUAUUUGAUUUGAACAAUGGUUUAAGUUGUGCAUGAUACCAAUGAAAACGUAUAACUAUUAAGUUAGGUGCCUACUAAUAACAUGGUUCUUUGACCUUAAAGUCAAAUCUCUUUCUUAACCAUUUAUUUUUUAUUUUAUAUUACUAUUUAACUUAUAGACGUAUUAUAUGAAUUGUUCUUUAUUAUUACAACUUAAAAAUCCCGGCUUUAAUAAGUGUUUUUCACUGACCCAAUCUAAAUGUAUUAUAGACGAAUAUAUUCUUUGUAAAAUAUUAUGCUGUAUAAGUUAUCUCACAAAUAAAAUAAAAAAUAUAUACAUAUAUAAUAAUGUAAUAAAUAUUAAACAAUUAAGUUAUUUUUUAUGAACUCGAUAUCCAUAGAAAAAAAUGUAUGUGGUAUCUAUUCAUUAUGUAAUAUUAUAUGCGUAUUAAAAUAAUAUGUUUCAUUUUGAACAAUCACAACACUAUGAAUUUAUGUAGGUAUAUUAUUAAAAAAUAUAUAUAUUUUUAUGAAUUUACGAUUAUUCCUAUUUGUACUGAAAGUGCCCCUUUUAUGGGUCAUCAUUAUAAGAUGCUAUACAAUAAGAAAUUUGGCAAUCAUCGCAUAAAUGAUUUUAAAAAUAUUGUUAUGUGGGUCAUCGACGAUGAACCGAAUCACGCUUUACUGGGAAUUGACAAAACAAUAUAAUUGCAGGAAUAUAGUAAACCGAAAAACUAUUAUAUUAUUAUAAUACAUUAUUGAACUUUAAACUAUUUAAAAUAAUGUACAUUUGCGUAUAGUUUUUAUUUUAGCGUUUCCGUUUAACACAAGAUUUCUAUAAUUAUGACGAUCUAUACUUUAUUUCGGUGAAAUUGUGGAGCCCAUUAUCUAUAAUAUUGUCGUAAUUAUAUGCGAUUAAUGUAAGUGAAUUUAACUCUAUCCCUCACCCGUAAAAAAAAAAAAGUGUAUUAUUUAUAUUAAGUACUUAUUUGAAUACAUUUUUUAAAUAUAAUUUAAACACAAUUUAUGGGAUACAAAAAAAAAAAAGCUGUCCUACGAUAAUGGGGACGGAUGUAGCUUCUGUUAUAGUUGAGUAGUUGGGAAGGUAGUAGAGGGGAAAUUUAAUAUAUAUAUAUAUGUACGCAACGAUUAACCAUUGUUAACGAAAAAACGGUUCUGAGCGGAGUUCGGUUGAUAGUGUUGCUUUGGCAAUAAUAUAUUGCAUGUCAUAUUAUGGUAAGAUAAUUACAUAAUAUGCAUUAUAUAUUUUAUUUAAUAAUAUUUGUUUAACAUUGUACCUAUUUAACCGUUUUUUUAUUCUAGGGAAAACUUCUAGGGAAAAUCAAAAAAUAACUUCCUUAUACCACCUCAGUCAGAUUUCCUUUCAGUAAAAGUGCUAUCAUUGUAAACCGGAGCAAAAUUGCUGGUAGAAAAGUUGUCCAGAUAAUUAAGCAUAUGAAACCAAUACAUUCCUUGCUCCACUAAGACUCUAAAAGGUACCUACCUAUUCGAAUAUUUUACAUGACUUAGCAAAUCCUAUACCAAGUUAAUUUAUCACCUGUUUAUAUAUAUAUAUAUAUAUAUAUAUAUAUGUAUGCAAUAAAUUAAAUUUUAACCUUUCAAUGACGAUAUCUGUAAUACUUACAUUUAUUUAUUAUAUUCCAUUUUUGGUUUUACCAUAAUAUGAUUACGGCUUUUUUUUAUGUCUCUGAAUAACUUAAUUUGUACCAAACAUCUUGAUGUGAUCAUUAUUUUAAUGGGUGGUCUUUGGUAGCAAAUUUCGUCUAGUCGAUGUAUUAGGGAGAUCAUUUUUCGCUUUUCUUUAUAAUUAUGAAAAAUAAUGAAAAAACUUGCAAAUUUAUAUAAUACCAGUUUAUUAUUUUAUUUUUUUGAUGUUAUUCAGUUAAACAUAGAUAUUUGAAAUUAUAGUAUUUUUAAAAUUUGUAUAUCAUUCAGAUUUAUGAGGGUAUGAUUUAUUUGGCCUAACUAAAUUCCUCGAAAAUUUAAUACGUUCUUCAUCACAGUAUACAUCAUAAGUUGUACUUAAUGGUUAAAAAACAAAUUCAGCAUAGUAAAUUGAAUUAAAUGAGUAAAUAAAAUUUAACGAGCAAUUAAAUUUGUUUUAUAAGCGUUUAAAGUUUAAUAUAUUAAGUAAAAAUUACAGCAUUUGAAAACAUGUUUAGCCAAACUUUAUUUAUAAUCGUUUUUUGCUAGCAAUGAUUUAUGGUUUUAAAAAAAAAAAAACGGUAAAAAAAAUUGAAUCACCUUAUCUAUUCUACCUUACUAAACUCCUAAAUAAUACAGUGAUCUUUCCAUGAGCAGUAUUGGGGCAAUGGAAAGAUAGAGUAAACUGGAAAUUAGUUUAUAGGGCCUUGCGGUUUUGACAGUUCUUGAAAUAUAGAUAACAUAAUAUCGAACCGGACGUGGUAGGUAGAGUAAUAGGUAGACCAGCUGACAGUUAUAACCUCUCCCCCUUUUCAAAAUUUAACAGGUUCGUAAAGCAUGUUACCUUCCUGUCAAAUUUUCCUUGAAAAUAGAGAUUUUAUACUACUAUUGUGUGUGUUAAUAUAAAUAUACAGUUUUCCUAUUACUUAUGAAUAUUCUUAUAUAAAGCUUCUUGUCCAAAUUAUCUCAAAUUCGGAAAUUAGAGUUGUUUUAUAGGUGAAUUGAGUUGUGAAAAGUCUGGUUGAAUUUUAAUAUGAAUGUUAACUGUUGCGGUGGUAGGGGCGGGUGUUGUUUUAAAACUUUAAACAAAACGUUUUUGAAAAAAGUCAAUACUCUUUGAAACAUCGAGCCUCUUAAAUUAAUCACUCUGCGUGUGCUAACACAAAAUCAUGUUGUAAAAAAAAGAAAAAACAGAAAAUCAUCAAAGAUAUAUAAAAAUUUGUGGAACAUAAUGGGACACUAAGUUUUAGAUUAUACGAAUAAACUGCAAUAAUUCGGAAUGCACAAUGUUAUAAUAAUAAUUGUAUUAUGGUGUAUGCAGUAUGCAGUUGCAUCACGGACAAAGAGUUAAAUUUCGGUAUUGAAGCAAUGAAGCUAUAGAUACCACGUAAUAAUAUUAUGAUGUAUCGAGUUGACGUACAUUUUGGAAGCACGGCGGUGGUGAAGGCAUAGACGUGCGCAGAUGUUGCUGGCAUGGAAGGCAGAAUAUAUAAUUAUAUAUUAUAUUAUAUUAGUAUAUAUUGUAUGCAGUAUAAUUGAAUAUUAUGUUGGUUAUUAGUUAGUUCAAUUAAUAUUAAUGAUGGAAGUAUUUUAAUUUUAUAUAUCAUUAAUUUAAUUACAAAUUUAGUUUUUUUUUUUUUGGAAGAAAAAUUAUAUUAGUUUAUUUUAUUAGUGAUGUAAACUGGUUUUUUUUUGUCUUAGAAUUAUUUUUACUGUCUAGUUCAAGGUUUCUGGUAUUAUAAUUUUGUUGUGGAGGUUCAUCCGUUGUCUCUUAUCAUUGAUUUCUAGUUACUAAAUAAAUGUGCCAUGAUCGCUUUUGCGGGCUUACACUAUUCCAUAUUUAUUAGGAAAUAAGUAUAUCAGAUGGUAAUAAUGGUGAUACCAUUGAAAGCUUCUUUUUUAUGAAAAACCGAGGGUUAGAUAUUGUAUUAUACAUUAUAACAUGCAUUACAAUAUUAUAGAUAAUUAAAUACAUAUUUCUCAUUUUAUGUAUUAAAAAAAUGUUAUAUUUUACAAAUAUAAAUUCCCAAGUCUAUAUUAAUAAUUGUUUGUAGUUGUGACGUUACUUUUAUUUAUGGAAUUUUCUAUUUCAAAAGUAGUUAAAAAUAUAUUUCGCUUCCCCCUCCCCGUAAGAAAGGCCUUGGUACGCAACUGAUUAAUAUUAAUUUUUCAUUACAUUGUGUUCUUAUGAUUUUGAAAUUCAAACUAUGUAGACAAAUUGUGAAAUCUAUUUACGAUUGAAUUUUCAAUUUUUUUAAAUAACCAUAGAUAGUAAAAAUAGAAAAAAGUUCUUAAGUUUUCAUAAUAUGUAGCAAUGCCCCUAUAUUGGUUGAAACCUAAUUCUUUCUCAGAAAAUAUCGGUCUUGAAAAAAAACCUAUAUCGAGUAUUAUUCAAUCCCUAAAGUAUUAUAUACUAUAUAGAAUAUGAAAAAAUAUGAAUAAAACGUAUGCACAUACACAAUAAUAUUUAUUAUGUUCAUAAAAAAUAUAAAAUUAAAAAGAGCUGAUACUGCCUGUGACUGAUGUGUAGUGGCACCGAAACUCUUAGUCAAGGGUGGCUGUUGCUACUCUUCUUUUAAUAGAUGGGUAGUGGUAGAUGGUAGUUCAGCCAUAUUUUUUAUUGAAUUGGUACGUAUGGGAUAUUAAUUGAGAGUGUUGUAUGGGAGUUUGUUUUGUAAACGAGGGUGGUGGUUUGUACAGCAUUUUAUCUGCCCACAAUUUUAAAACGUUGUUUGGCGCCACUGAGUGAUAUAUAUGCAACUGUUGUAGAUGUAAAGUUGGGAAGGUAGGAUACAUAUUGUCAACGAAAAACAAUUUGGAGUGAAUUUCAGUAAAACAUGUUUUGAAGUGUCGUAAUUUUUACAAUGUUCAUCAACAUUUUAUCUUACUAGUCUUAUGGAAAACAAAUUAAUGCAUUAAACUCAAAUUUUACUUUAAACCAUUAAUCACAACUUAUAAUGUACUUUGAGUUAAAUUUUUAAGUAUUUCUCUUAAGUUAUAUAAUUUUAAUAACAGAUAUCUAACAAAUAAAAUCACGAAUAUGAAAAAAUAUGAAAAAAAGAGCUGAUACUGGAGAUGGGAGCGGCCACUGUUGUAGUUGAGAAGUUGGGAAGGUAGGAUACAUAAGGUUAUUUCAUUUAUAUCUGUAAGCAACGAUAAACCAUUGCUUGACGAAAGACAAUUCUGAGCAUAGUUAUGUAAUACAUAAUUUGAAGUGCCGUAAUUUUUUUUUUGCAAUUUUCAUUUAAAUUUGAUUUCAAAACGUUCAUUAAAAAAAAAGUCGUCCGAUAAUUUUGAAAAUUUUGCCACGUCUAGAUAAGUCUAAUAUAAGUAUUAUUACCAAUUUUCAAAUCUCUACGGUUAUAAAUAUAACUGAAUUGCAGCAAAAAACUCCCAAAAAUUAAAAUUUCUUAGAAGCUCAAGAGUUUUGGCAAUAAUGCCAAAAGUAAAUCAAAAAGGCAACAAAAAAGAUGUCUUAUGAAUUUUCGAUAAAAUCAUUUUUUCUGGUAGAAAACGACGUCCGUGAUUUUAAAAAAUAAUUAAAUCGUGAAAUUGUAUGUUUUCCUACAUUUUUUUCGACUUAAGUGCUUUUAUUUAAAAAAUGGCGUCGAAAAUAAAAAAAUGACAUUAUUAAAGUACAAUCUAGACAACUUGAGAUUUAAAAAAGGUGCUACACGUAAAAAUCGGAGGAAGUUUACUAGGAAAAAAUAUGUCCACAGACUAGAACAAAGAAAAAAAAGAAAAAGAAAAAGAAAUAAACAGUAUUGUAAAACAGAUAGCUCCUCGCUACGUCCGGAACCUAAAUCACGAAAAUAUCAAAUACCUAUAAAACCUAUACAAAGCUAGAAUGUUUCAAACAUUUUACCACGUCUACAAAGUCCAAUAUAAGUAUUUUGUGAAAACUACAGGUCUCUACAAUAAUUUUUAACCAAAUUACAACAAAAAACACAAAUGCACACUUUGCCGUUUGGUAAUUGUGAUGUUUUCCCCUAUUCUUUGUAAUAUUUAAAAAAAAUAUAAGGAAAAUUAAACAAAUAGUUUCUUAUAUACAAAUGAGACAAAAUUUUAUUUUAGAAACUAUAUGUUAUUCUUGAAAUUUGUACAUAAAUUUCUGUUAGAAAAAUAUAAUCUUACACAUUUUGAAUAAUGAAAUCAUUGGGCCGUAAUUUGAAAAAGAAAUCUUUUUUUUUCGUCUUUUUGGUUUUUUCCAAUUAUUAUGAAAAUUUCUUUAGAUAUUAAAAACUGACUUUCUCUAUCAGUGAUUAAAUAUUAAAUGUAACCAAAUCAAUCUCUUGUUAUUUUUUAAUUUAAGCAAGAUUUCUGGUAGAAAAUAUCGUUUGCAAAAAUCAAUUUUAAUUUUCUUGUUUUUCUCAAUUAUUAUGAAAACUACUUUAGAUAUCAAAAAAAAUUACUUUCUUUAUCAGUGGCUAUCUAUUAAAAGGAACAAAAUCGCUCGCGUAUCAUUUUUCGCUUGGAGCAAUAUUUCUGGCAGAAAUAUAGUUAGUAUUAAUUAAAAACAAUGAAAUCGGUUACGUCGUAAAUAUUUGCCGUUUUACCUAUAAUUUUAUUUUUGGUUUUUCUUAAUUAUUUUUAAAAGCCCUUGGAAAAUAAAAAAAAUGCCCUUUUAUAAUGCACUAUAACCAGACAAAAUUUCCUUUCAGAAAAGGCACUACACUCAAUACAUUAGAGGAAGAUUUCUGGUAUAAAAGUUGUUUACAGAUACAAAAAAUAUACCAUCAUAGUAAAACCAAUAGAUGAUCCAUCGCUACGCUCCGAAUCUAAAAUCAAGAAUUAAUUUCUUGAUUUUGAAUCAACGAUCCAAAAUACUACAAAAAAGUACUCAUAUCGUUUUUAAUUGCAGUUAGAUAUUUGGUAAAAAAAGUCGUUUACAAAAAAAAAAAAAAAAAAAUGGUAAUAGUUAACCAUUAGUAUAGUAACCAUUGUAACCAAUGUAAUAGUAAAACCUGUACAUUCGUCGAUACGCUCAGAAUUGAAAAAUGUAACUUUAUGAAAAUGAGGAUGAUUAUUAGUAUGCGAAAUUAUAGCGCCAGUUAAAUAGGUUUAACGGUGUGCUGUUGAAUUAAGCCUGGAAUAUAUAAAAUGUAUUUUUAAAAAUAAUAUCGUAAUAGACUUGAUUAAUAGAACAAUUUAUUAUUAACAGUUUGGACACGCGUAGUGCAUAAUUCUGAUUUGUUUCGUUAGUAUAUUAUAUUAUUUUUAAUUGUUUUUUUUUCUCACCUUAUUACAAGACAAGACCAAUGAUAUAUAUCGAGUUAGAUAGAUACGUACCUAAUAUAUUAUUAUUACAGGUUAAACGGAUGAAUAUGUUUUACUAAACGAGAAAAAAUAAAACGCCUCUGCCUCUCUGUAUUAUAUUAUAGCCGAUGACGACGCGUUGUAAAAUAUUUUUAAACGUGUGCAGGACAAAGGAAGAUUGAUUUAGGCGGUGACGGCGCGGCGGUGUUUUUGUUCCUGCAGCGCGGGAAUAACAUAGGCGUAGGUACUGUGGUUUCGGUACGUCACGAUCGGGUGGUCAAUCAAUCCAGGACGAACCCGUCCGUCCGUAUCAUUGGUGUCUCUCUGCACCGCAAGAGUUAUAAUAUUACGUCAUUCCGUCUGGACAAAACGCCACUGCACGCGCAGUGUUUAAUUAUUUUGUGCCCACUGCGACCGCGUAUAUCUGUAUGUGUACUAUUUUCGCCCGUAUCAAUGCGCACGGUGUAAACGCGCUUUUGGGGCUAUUAUAAUAUUAAAUUCAUUAGUUCCGCAACGCCCCCGACUAGGCGUAUACAUUAUUAUACGCGCCUCUAGCUGCAGCUGCGCCAGCGGUUUCGAGGGGGAAAAUUUGUCGUAUUUUUCGGUUUGACCCGACGCUACAAUUGUAUGCAACGUAUUUACAUGUACUACAUAAUAUAUCAUAAAUUUUGAAUUCGAAUUCGUGGCAAAUGCUUUUCUUUUGUUUUUUUAUUUUUUAGUUAAUUACAGUAUUUGAACGCUAUUUUAAACAUUUCUUUUUCAACUUUUGUUUAUAAACUACAUUGUGCAUCAUUAGAUUUCAAUUUAAAGAAAUGUUAACCAGUUUAGAUUCUGAGUGUAGCGAUGAAUGAUGAAUUAGUUUUGUUAUGUGUGCCUUUUUAUAUUGUUAACACAAUGAUGAUGAUGCAGAAUUUAUCGGUUUAACUAUAUGUGUUUUUUUUUAUUCUGUCCGUUCACAACUUUUUUCUUGCUCAUCAAAUUCAGGGGUGGUUUCUGUCUUUUUGGUAGUAAAUUAUAUCUAGUUGGGCAUUUAUGAGGUCACGUUUUCAUUUUCUUUGUAGUUUUUCUAAGAAUCGAGAAAAACCUGGAGUAUUUACAUAAUAACGGUUUCUGUUAUUUUUUCGAUUUUGUUUUUUUAAUGUUAUUCAUUUGAAAAUAAUCAAAGAGACUUUAAUUAUACACCGAAUAAUCAUAUGAGCACUAUACAUAGAUGUGGUAUAAUUUUCAAAAUAUUCUAGCGUGUUUUUAAGACAUACGUCCCACUUACAACAGUGGACUUACGGUGCGUUAUACAUACGACUUGUUUUAAAUUUAUUAUCAUUUGUUUGACAACUUUUAAUAUGAAGAAGUUAUUGUUAACAUAAAAAAUAUGGAGGGAUGUAAAAGUCCGAAAAAGUAAAAAAAUGGAAUGUAUAAAUUCACGGGACGUAAAAUCGAUUAAAGUAAAAACCCGGAAUUUUAAAAUAGGGAAAUUUAUCAAAGACUACUGGUUCCUAGUUAAACAUAUGUUAAAGUGCUGGUGGAGGGACGACUCACUUUGCUAGCCAAUUCAAGCGCGAGUUCAUUCCGGAAUUUUAUUCGAAAAUAAACCCCAAUUUGUUGUGCAAAACUACGUUAGGUAUAGAAAACGGGGAAAAUGCGAUUUAUAACGUCUACAUUUUAAUAAUUAUUUUAUUAAGAUUUAAUUUUGAAUAAUAUUUUAGAAACCAAUGAUUAUUUCUUGAUUAUUACGUUCCAUUAUAAAACUAUUCCUAAGAAGUAUUUUCCUGCGUUACACGUUUCCCAAAAAUUGUCCAGAUUUAUAUAUGUCCCCAAUAAAUAUAUAAUUAUUAUUUAUAUUCUAUUCAUUAAGAUAUAAUGUUUUUACUAGGUAUCUUUAAUACAUUGGUUUUUAUUUUAUUCAAAAUAUUGUAUUAAUGCCUGAUGGUUUUCCAAAUGUUCUUUUAGUAUAUUCAGUUCACAGCCCUAAUAACCAUUACGUUAUAGUGCAUGUGCGAUUGUGUGAAUAGUAUACAGUGCGUAUUUGAGGGAGGGAGGGCGAUGGCGACGAUUUCUUCCCCAUUAAAUUCUUUUUAUAUAUUUGCUGUAUACGAAAUCUCAGAAUCUCUUUUGAAAUUGAAUGUUUAGCAUUAUUUCUAAUCGAAAAGUGUCAACAGACAUAAAAAUUAAAACACUUCUUGGUAAGAUCAUUAGGAUAUAAAAUAUAAGCUUGUGUAUAAUAUUUUUAGUGUCCCCCCUUCUCCCAUAAAACUAAGUCAAAUACGCCACUGAUGAUAAUGAUAUUAAUGAUGAUUGGUUAGUUCAUCAUGGUAGCAUGUUCACGUGUGUAUUUGUACUAUACAAUACUACAGAUUACCGGGAGUGUGAAUACAACUUAAGAAUAUUAUUUUGAAUUUAUUACGAUAUUGUGUGCGGGUAUAGGUUUCCGCGUGUAUUCCGAACAAUGUGAACCGUAGCUGUCCGAGAAAUUAUGGUUUUUUUUUUUUUUUUUCUGUUGUUGCCUAAUGCGCGUACUAUAGCCCGUACACAUCCUAUAUAAUAUAAUAUAUAUAUAUUAUAACAACCACUUUUAAUAUUGAGAUCAGAUCUGGGAAUUUUAUGUCCGCUGAAGGACACACCCAGACGGCGUGGCGGUUAGACCAUCUAUAAUAUGUUAUAGUACCUACCUAUGUUUUUAUUUUUCUAUUUGUUUUAUUAUUAUUGUUAUUUUUAGGUAGGUAGGUAUUCAUGAUAAUACGCGAUUAUCACCCGGCGGCGGUAACGACAUCGUGGUCGUCGUCGUAUAUACAUAGAAAAAAAAAAUAAUAAUAAAAUAAAAAACAUAUUGUCCGGACCACACCAGCGUGUUUUACUAAAACGUGCGUCUUGUUUCAUAAAGCAUAAUCCGAGUUCGUUUACACAAUGUUUUAUUUUUGCAAUAAUCCGAAGGCUAAUGUCCGGUUUACCGUGCGUCAACGGGGAGGAGAUUUCACGAUGUUUUCAAUGUAGCUGUAGUUAUAAUAAUAAUAUACUAUAAAUAUAUAGUAUUAUAUACGCUGUCAAAAUCACGUAAGGGUCGAAACGUACUUACAUAUUAUUUUGUAGUAGAUUGGAUUUGAUUAAACUACGGCUUUACGCUGACGCCAUAUAAACUGGACGAGAUUCGCGUAAGGAUUAAUUUAUAUAUAUCGUCGAAUUAUUGGGGCGAUCCUUUUUUCUUAUAGCCUAUUAUAUGAUGAGUGGACAAAAAAAAAAAUGUAUUUUUUGCUUAACCGGGAAACGAUUGAAAAAUACUUUUGAACAUAUCUGUAUAACUAUACACCUCUAUUACCUUUACCUACCUAUUAAUUCAAUUUCAACAAAAUGUAUGUUAUCUAUACCUACAUUGUGUGUGUCACGUCCAGUCGGUGGUAUUAGCGAUAAAUGCUCAUUUCAUCAAAAACUAUACUCACCUUAUGAAAUGGAAAUUAUUUUUUUACACUAUGAUAAUUGUAGUAAUUUAAAAUCGAAAAAUCUAUUUGCUUUUUGAAAUCAAAAAAUAGGUAUACUGUUUUAGAUUCUGUGCGAAACAAGGAAUGUAUUGGUUUCACAAUGAUGUUUAUUUAUUUAUUUUUUUAUUUAUAAACAACUUUUCUAUCAGAAAUCUCGCUCUGAUAUAUCAAGUGUAGUAGCUUUUCUGAAAGAAAAUUUUAUCUGGGUGGUACUUUAAGGAAGUUAUUUUUUGAUUUCCUAAGUGGUUUUCAUAAUGAUCGGGAAAAACCAAUAAAAACGUAGGAAAACUGGCAAACUAAUAAAUUUACAAAAUUAAUUAUUUUCAAUUAUAUUUUUUUGUUGUAAUUCAGUUAAAAAUAUUUGUAGAGACUUGAAAUUCAGACAGAAAAAUUAUAUUUGAUUUUUCUAGAAGUGGUAAGGUUUUCAAAAUAUUUUAACUGUCUUUGAGCUAUUAAUAAAUAUUUUAAUUUUGUGAGUUUUUCACGUAGUUUUUAUUUGGUAGGUACUCUGUGGAUAAAAUUAUUACACCAAACAUUAAUGCUUGACAAUUUAAGGGUCAUUUUGAGUCGUACUUUGUGGUAAAAAAAAAUUGAGAGUAAUGUAGAAUUUUUUUUAUAAGUAAGAAUUUUAAUAUCAAAUUUUAACGAAAAUCGUAAAUAUUACGGUCUUUCAAAUCAUGUAUAACUGAACUCCGUUCAGAAUAGGUUUUUGUUAGAAAUGAUUAAUCGUUGUGUACAGAUAUACAUUGAAUUCUUCUCUAUAUUCUACCUUUCCAACUUCUCACCAUCGUGCAAAGUAUGUCUGACUUUUUAUAAUUUUUUUGUCAAUAAUUUUAUUAUUUCAUAUAAUUAUUACCUAUAUGGAAUGCCCCACGAAGAUUAUAUGAUUGCAAUAUCUUGGAAAAUAUUAACUUAAUUCGUAAUUUUAUUUUUAACAAUUUAAGAAAUACCGAUUACCUACUUAAUAUUUUUAAUUGUGAAGCAUUAUUUAAACGCGUUCAUACAAAUUAUACCCCAAUACUCUCUCCGUAAGCUUACUUAAAAGUAGUAUACCUUAUCAAUCCAUUAUUGACGGAAAUUAAUAAUGUUAACACCAAAAUGUUAAAUACAUUUUGUAUACAACUUAUAAGUAUUCUGUGUAUUUUUUAAAUUUUUAAUAUAGGUUAUCAUUUAAAAAUUAAAAGUAGUCGUUAGUCGGUUUACCUUCAAAAAUAAGAGUGAUGAAUAAUAAUGGUAAUGUACUAAAAAUAUAACAUUUUAAAGCGCCUUUUUCUUAAAUCGUCAUGAUCAAUAUCUUUGUGGGACACAUCUGUAUAUUUAUACUUACAUACUUAUUUAAAAUAUUUUACUUUUAUCACACUGCAAUAUUUGGUCUUAUAAAUUCUAGAACUCUGAUUAAUUUUAUUUACUUAAUUUUGUAAUGAUUAUAGAACAGCACAACUGCAGCUAUGUAAUAUGUACAUUUGUGCUAUAUUAUGAUAUUCUAGAAUAUCAGCUCAAUUACUGUUUAAAAUAGGUUAUCAAAUAAUAAAUAAGUAAUAAAUAUGUAUAAUAUAGGAAAUAAGUAUAGCUAGAUCUAGUUAAUUUCACGAUGUGGGUAUCCGAGUAAUGACAACACAAAAUAACAAAAACACAAGAUAUCAAAUUAUAGUAUACAUAUUGCAUAAACAGUCAUGCAAUUUUCACAAAUUUCACAAAAAAAUGAGAAAAUGAUUUCCUUUUGACAAAUUGAAAACUAUUUCAUGGAAAGGUUGAAAUAGAAUGAAUUAGUUGAAUAAUUUCACCAAGUGGAUGUGAUGUUAUAAUAUUUAUAUACGAUUUAAAUGUAUUUAAAUGUGAUUUACAUGUUUAAAUAUAUUCCCCAACCUAUUCCAUAUUUCGAAAUAAAAUUAUAUAUUAUUACCUUCACAUUAAAUAAAUAAAAUUGAAAUAAUAAUAUCCGAUUUUCACUAAUGAAUCUUCAUUGUCUAAUAAAUAGCCAACAAGGAAUAGAUACCUAUAAAUAAGAAAAUAAUUAACAUAAACUAACAUAAUAAUUAAUAAUAGAAUAUAAAUACUUAUUAUAUAGUUAUUAAUUAGUUAAUUAUUAAUAUAUUAUACAUAAUAUAAAUCAAUACACAAUAGUACAAUAGUAAUUUCUUAUCUAAUAUCUAAGUACUAUUUAAGUAUUACAUUUAUUUUAUUAAGCUUAAAAAUCUAGGGGUGCUAAUUUUAGAUUUAGGGGUGCUAAGCACCUCCUGGCACUCACAUAUGAACGCCAAUACCAGUGGUAAUACUUAAAACAUUUGUAUUGAUUUUUAAAAAUAAAAACAACAUAGCAAGCAGGUAUUUAAAAUGUAUAAUCGGAUUAAGCCUGUAGGCUUAGAUAGUUGUUUUUAUUUGUAAUAAUUUAUCAUUUUGCUUCCAGUAAAUAAACUAAAUUAUAUUACUUCAACAACUUUUUCCCACUAAUAACGGUGACCAAUUAAUGGUAUAUCCGGCUUAUUUUAUAAUAGGGAAGUAUGCAAUUGAAACGAAGAGAUAACUAUUUUAAAUUGUAUUUAAUUCAUAAAAAAAGAUACUGACAUAGUUCACGUGAUGGGCCACUGUUGUAGAUGAGAAGCUGGAAAUGUAAAGGGGAAAUUUAAUGUAUAUCUAUAAGCAACGAUUAACCAUUGCUAACAAAAACGAUUCUAAGCGGAGUUCGGUCAAUAGUGUCUUUGUCAACAAUAUAUAUAUGACAUAUUAUGAUAAAAUAAUUACAUAGGCAUUAUAUAUGUUCUUUAAUAAUAUUUGAUUAAUAUUGUACCAUUUUUCAUACGAUUUUUUCGCUGUUUUUCCCAUGUAUCAUGAAAAGAGCUAGGAAAAUCAAAAUAUGACUUCCUUAAAGUACCACUUCAGUCAGAUUUUCUUUCAGAAAAAGUACUAUAAUUGAGAAUCAGAGCAAAAUUGCUGGUAGAAAAGUUUUUCGCAGAUAAAAAUACUAACACAUUCAUCGCUCCGCUCAUAACCAAAAACGUAUCAGUUGAAAAAUAAAGUAUUAUAUCAUUCACAAUAUACAGUAUACCUACAUGAUAUUAAUAGUUAAAUUUUAAAUUCACUGCAUAAAACGGGGAUUUUUCGAUUCAGUCAUCUUAUUAUCAAUUCCGUCGUCUAUCGAUCGAUUAUACAAUCAAUAUACGUAGAAUCUGUUUAACACUGAAUCGUUUUGAUUAAAUUAAAAAAGAAACUCACAUGUUGAUCCACUAAGGAAGAAUUUUUUAAAAUUCCAAAGUUGUCAAUGAGUUUACAGAAAAAUGAAAUGAUGUAUUUUAUAUACCCCAUGCAAAUGUAUUAAUAUGAUGUCAACUAGUAAAACAAUUGUAUUGUGUACAAUGGGCAUAAAAUUAUUUCUAAAGAAAAAACUACAUGAAUUUGUGUCACCAAAAACAAUUAAGUUAAUUAAAACUUCUUCAAUUUUCACCUAGAUAAUUGGAAUAAAAAAUAAGACAAUUAACAAGAAAUUUGUAUUUUAACAAAAUUGUCAGUCAUGACGAUACAAUAAAUGAUGUUGCAGAAAGAGGUGUAGAGUAGAUAAUACAAUAGUAGGUAUACAACAAAGGACAAAAAACAAAAACAAUGUUUGUUAGAAGUGGUAAAUUAUUACAAAGUGGUUAUCCUGAUAGUAAAAAGGUGACAUUAAUUAAUAUGUAUAAGUUAUAGGACUUUUAUUUAAAUGUAAUAUAUUUAUCGCAUUACUGUAUGUACCUAUUUUUUGUAUUUUUUAAUUAUUCGGUAUUAACUAUAUUAUACUACACACAAAUGUAUUGUAUAAUACAUAUUAAAUUGUAUUUUGUAAUAAUCGCAAAAAACUUAAUUUUACAAAAACUUAUUAUUUAUUUUAACUUUUAGAGAAAUAUUAUAGGAAUGGUUUUUUUUAUAAAAAAAAAUAUUUAGAGAAAUAAUUAAGAUAUUAUGCAUUUUUAUACUAAGUUCAAUAUAUUUGAAUCUAUAUAUUUUAAAAUUCCAACCCAUCACCAAAAAAAUCAUCACCAAAUUUAACUAAAUUGAGUUUUUUUAUGGUAACGAAAAAUAAGGAAGGGUGAGAAAUUAAAAAAUUGAAAGUUAAAAAACUAGGACACUCAGUGACCCAGUGACUACUAAUGUUUCAUAUAAAAUUCAAUAUUCAACUAUUUAAGCAACUAUUUUUAGAACUUUGUACCAUAUACUUCAUUUUAUAUUGAAAAAUGAAAAUAAAUAAAUAGUGUUGUAUAUUAAUUCUAAAAUAAUUUAAUACUCUGAAUGAAUUAAAUAAAUUAUAAAUUUAUGAUACCAUAAUCACUCCCAACAUUUUGUAUUGCACUUAAGUUUAUAUAAGUUGUUCCUAGUGGUGAAAAAAAAAUGUAAAGUAGUAAUUUUUUUUUAUACUUAAUUGUUUUAAAAUAAGAUUUUUAAAAAAAAAUCGUAAUUAUUACGGUUUUACAAAUCAAGUAUUAACGAACUCGAUUUUCGUAGGCAAUAGUUUAUCAUUCGUUACAGAUAUAAAUUAAAUAAUUAAAUGUAUCCUACCUUUCCAAAUUUCCACCUACAAAAAUGGGACACUCACCAGCAGUAUCAGCUCUUUUUUUAAAUUUUAUCAAAUUUCUAUAUUAUGUAUAUUAUAUGGGUUAUAGAAAUAAGACCUAAGAUAGUAAAUAUCUUUUUAAAAAUACGACAAAAAUAAUGUACGAAGAAAAUUGUAACUUUUUGUUAAAUUUUCGAUAAAGCUGUUUGGCGUUAGUCGUUUGUUCUUGGAGAUUACGCACUUACAUUUCUGGUAUAUUAUUAUGGUUGUACGUACAGGUAAUAAGACAAGUCAACAUCUUCAUAAUUCAAAUGUAAUAUUUCAAAAAAUGUUUUAUUCUAUUGCUAUUCCACGUAUACAGCAUGCAACUUAUUAUUGCGUAUUCAUAGUGCGAUUAUCUAAUUAUAAUGUUAUUUUUUUUCAGGUCGAGCAAUGGGCCUCGAUGGGGCCACAGCGUUAAUUAUUUUUAUACUUUACGCGUCGUCAAGACUUCAACAGAAGGUUCACGCGGACAUAAAAGUGGGUAACGCCAUUAACGUGUUUAAUCGGUAUGGAUACUUUAGCAUAAGCAUGAGAGUAGUCCCCAGAAACGACACGGACCAUUCGUGGAUAUUCAGAGAACCAACAGUCGAUGUGUUUACGAAUCUGGCGGAAAAACAGAAGUAAUAUAAAAUAGUUAUUCAAAAUAAAAUAAAAUAAAUAAUAGUCGCGUUUUACACUAUACUUAUAUUUUACGACAAUUAUAUUUUCAUGUAUCUUCUUCAUCUUCGUCAGUAUCCAACAAUAAUGGGGUCAAUUAUUCAUAUAUUCUUAUUCUCUACAUUUCACUAAAUCCUUUGACAUUUUUUUAUCUUAGUACUUACAUAACGUUCCUAAAAACUUCUUAUCUGCAUUUAUUUUUUACUUCCUUGACUUCAAUAAACAAUUAUUUUCCCUAUAAACUUAACUGUUUCAUCACUGUUUCUCUUCGCUCAACAUAUGUCCAUAUCAUCUUAAUCUGUCCUCUCUUUUAUUUUACCUGCUAUACUCUUGGACUAUUUCUUAUAUAUAAAUUAUUCCUAACUCUAUCCAAUCUGGUCACACAAUCAUUUCUGCUAUACUUACUUAAAAUUGUAUUUAGUUCCCAAUGGCCAACACUAAGAUCUGCUCAAACAUCAUUGUUGCAGACCUAUCUGCAUUUUUAUAAAAUGUUAACGCUUUUAUUCUUAAUAGCACCUUUUUAUCAGAUAACACUUAUAUCAUAUUCCUUCAAUUCUCCUUCACUUCAUCCAGCAUCAUUAUGCACCAAAUUUAACUGGCUACAUCCUCAAUUCGCUUGUACCACUGAGACAAUAAAUACUUCAAUAUUUUGGUGCGAUUAUCUGACACAUUACUCUGUGGUAGCCUCCAUUUCUUCUUAUUAUAACACUUCCAAUUCCAAACCCAAACUCUUUACUAUGUAUAUUAUUUUAAAAUACGGGAAUAUAAUUAAUAUUAAUCUUCUUCGUUGUUAUUAUUAUUUUUACUAUUAUUAGCCUCAAACGAAGUAUUGGAGGAGGCCCGGUUUUUCAAGGGGACUUCCACAUGGAAUUCUGCGAUAAUGUAAAACAAUUAUUGCAAGCCUAUUUCAGAGAUUUUUCCGUAGAACGGCUGGACAAGCCGUGGCAGGCUUUUACGGGUAGUUGGUCAAAAUUAACGUUGGCCAGAAAUUUAGGUUAGUCGGACGACCAUCAGCAUACAUAAUAAUAUACAUGUAAUGUAAUAAUUAUUAAUUAUAAUCAUACCUAUAUACGAACAAUAAAUAUAUGUUAAUUACAGUAGGUAUAUUAUUUAUUUAUGUAAAUAUUACAAUUACAACAACUAUAAUCCUAAUAUAGCGAUAAUUUAAAAACAACGUGUGAGCAUUAUUAAUACUGUUGUGUGUGUGUGUGUAUUUUUAUAAUUACUCUACAGGUUUAGAUGUGUCUUAUGUAACCGGCGACCAUUGUUAUGUCCUCGUCAGGGUGGCUAGACAUAGGGAGACGGCUAAUUUGGCCGCGAUGGACAUGGAGAACACUGACCUUCACGAACCAGUGGCCAAACAGGUGGCCUCCGUUAAUGUCGGCGAUAGUUUGUCGGUCAUUGAAUUUGUCAGAAGCUUUGGAUCUCAUUACGUGACGUCAUAUGUCACAGGCAAUUCUCUUUAUCAGGUAUGAGUAUACCCAUUGUGUUUUCAAACAUAAUUAUUAUUACCUAUACUGUAAUAUAGAUAUUUACUUAGUUACCGAUUAAAGCCCAAAUAUUGUUUGUGUUGUAUGAAGUACAAUGCACGCCCCAUCAUCAUAAUUACGCGCAGUAAUACAAUAUCGCAUCGUCAUAUACUUUAACAUACGUAGGUAUAGUCAAUUAUUGCGUAAGAAUAAGUUUGAUUUGUUUGACGCAGAGUCGUUUUCUCAUAUUAGAAUUAUUAUUACCUAAUAUCUAAAAGUAUUUGCGUUAUAAAGUAAAUUGGCAAUGAUUUCAAAAUCGAAUUGAAUGCAUAUAACUUUUGGUUGAUUGUUGGUAUUUUUCGUAAAUUUUCAAAAAAGUAUAUAUAUACUGAUCUUAUAGUUAUAACUAGUAUAAAAUAUCGAAAAAUAUUUCGUGAGAACUGAUCAUGGGAAAAAAUAAAAUAGUUGAUUCAUUUUUUCGUCUUCUAAUUUUGUAAGUUGUGAUUUUAACACCCUUAAAAUGUUAACAUUCCUGCAAUCAUUAGCUUUUUCUGUAUGACAAUAAACCCGAUGGUGGUUGGUUAAGUUUUCAAAAAUACAGCAUCGGUAUUUCGUUAUCUUGUGUAUGCAUUAUGUAUUAUAGUCUAUACAUACCUAUACAAUAAUUGGAUUAACACUAAAUAUAUUUUGCUGUAUUUUUGAAACUACGUAAAAAUAUUAGGUAUUUCGAUUAUCGUUCACUCAAAAUUCAAUCAAUUUCAACUUUUUUUUUUUCAAUAUUACCAAUGAGACACGAACAACAUUAUAAAAUGAUUAUUUUUAAUUUUUCAAAAAUCAAUCGGAAUAUUUUGUUUUUUAAAGUUGUUAACGUUAUUUUUUUUAAUAAUAAUCAUAGUGAAACUGUUGAAAGAAAGGUUACAUUAUAUUAUAUUUUUGAAAAAUUGCAUGGUUAGAUGGACGUGGUAUAUUUUUUUAAACGACCCAUCGAGAAAGAACUGUAUUAAAUAAUAUGAUCUAAUCUCGGAAUUAUAGAGGGAUGAUGAUAAUCACUGUUUUCAUCGCUAAUUAGGUUAUAAUUAAGUAUACCGAAACGGCCAUCAAGAAAAUAAAACCAUUCCUAUAUUAUGACAGUAUAGUACAUAUCGAGAGCUGCGUUUAUAAGAAUUCUCGUGUCCUCGGACAAAAACCUCAUGAUAUGCUGCCUCCCACCGAUCACGUUGGCUAAAUUACUUUUUAUACACAAUAAUAAAGCAAUAAUAAUAAUAAUAACGACUAUUGUCUCGAAAAUGUAUACUAUUUUCGUCCUAAAGUUUGUCUGCGUGCUCCGCCUUGAUAACGGCCAUGGCAACAAGGCAACAGUCGGUCAACAUCUCCCGUCACCGCAUAGCUUAAUAUACACCUACUUAUAGUAUUUACUAUAAUACGUUUAUAAUAUAUGUAUACAUAAACAGUUACAGUAUAAUAUAAUACCUGUAUGCUUACUUAUGAAUAUUAUAUAGUACACUACAUUUUAUCUAUUGCACUUUAUUAUAAUAUUUGAUUUGAUUUUUUUAAUCGAUAAUAUUUAUGGUUGCCAGAAUUGUAUUACAUUUUAGUCAGUAGGGGAGUUUAAAAUCCGGUACUUCCUGCGAAACAAAUAAAAAAAGAUCAUACAAAUGAGGAUACAAUGAGGAGAGGGUUAAAAGUUGAAACUCCCAUAGAUCAUAUCCUUGAUACUUAUGUAGUGUGCAUGUAAGGAGUGUUAACUCCUUUCUCAACAUGAUGCAAUUCAUAUUGAAAUUCAACCAACAUUUUAUUAUUUCAAUUCGCCUAUUAAACAACUCUAAAUUGAGUUAAAUUGGUCAAGAGCCACUUUUCGAUGAAAAUUUAACAAAAACAAAAACUGGCAUGGUUAUAAAUUAUUAUAUGGUAAAUUUAUAUAAAAAAUCUACAUAUGUAGGUACAGCCCUUGAAAAUAUUCUAUUCUUUAUUAGGUAUAUUAAUGUUUAAACUUUAAUUUCAACCUAAACGCUACAAUUUACGACCUAAGUAAUCUGUGUUCCCCGUUAGAUAGACUGAAACUUUAUAUACGAGUGUGGCGUUCAUACUCAAGCUUUAAACAAUUUUAUAUAUUUAGUUAAGACCGAUAUUAUAUUUGACUGUUUGGUACUUACGUACGAAGUGGUGAUUAAAAAAAUGAUUUGCCACUCCCCCUACUUAUGUUCAUAUUUUGAUGGUUACAAGAAAGUAACUUACAUUUUAAUUAUGCCGACUAUUUUAUAAAAUGUAUUGUACAGAAUGUCACACGAAGAUAUACUCAUUCUAAUAUCUCCGGAGAUAAUAUACAUAAUAAUCAAAUUCUGUUGUUUUUAUAUAUUACUCACUGGGAUAAGGACUACAAAUAUAUAUAUGUAUUAAAAUUGAUUUUUUAUGUUUUGUAAAAACUUAAAAAAAAAAAUAACUUUAUUUUAUUAUUUUCGGAAAAUUUGAAAAUAGAAAUUGUAAAAAAGUUUAUUCUCCUGAAUAUUUUGACGUAUACAUUUUUUAUUCUCAUAAAAUUCGUAAUUUUAAAUAAUUUUUUUACAUAAAACAAAAUAAUAAUAAUAAAAUAAAUGUUUUUUUUAGAUUUUUUAACAUAAAAAUUAAAUUAAAAUAUAAAUAUUUGUAUUCCUUAUCGCUGUGAGUAAUAUAUACAAAAAAAAAAAAACAGAAUUUGAUUAUCUUUAUUCUCUCAGGAUGUAUUGUAAUGAGUGGGACACUUGGUAUAUAUCACUGUUACUUUAUUAAUCAAUUAGUAUAUUAUGCCAAUUCUGAAAUAAAUUGACACCCACGGAGGCUGCUCCCUUAGCCCGAGUGGCUCUUAGCGAUAGGGUGGCAUGACGGGCAAUGAGUCCCGGAUCCAUAACAUUUAGUGGUCCCAAAUCAGGGCCCAAGGCGUUGUUGGACAUGUGUAAAGGGCUUUUUCGAAUUACUUUUUUUUUACGAUAUUUUACUACGGGCAUUAGAAGUUUUAGUUAAGUUAGCGCUUCCCUAAAUGUGACCCUAGUAUAAAAUUAUAUCUAUACUCGUAUACUAUCUAGUAUGUUCUUUUGUAAAUAUACCUAUAGCUAUAACUUUUAACUAAUAAAUAAAAUGAUUAUUGUUGUUGAUUACAAAGAUUGAACCAUUGUGAUAUAAUAAAUUUACAGUCCAAUAUAAUUGUAUGACUAUUGCAGAGGCAUAUCUCUCAAGGGUGUGCUUAAGGAAUUUAAACUCCCCUACAUUUCAGGAACAUUCAGUUGAAUUCAAUCCUGAGUCUGUAAAAGUUUUUAAACAGAAUAUAACUAUUGCCCUAUUGUGAAUAUACCCCUCCUUAAAAAAAAUCGAAUUAAACCACCAAACUACAGUAUUAUUCUUUAUGACUAUGAUCAUUUACCAUGGUUGAAGAGAUGGAGAAGUUGUGUUUCAAAUAUUAGUGAUGUUUUAGGUGACGCUCAUGUAAUAUUGACACCCAAUCAUUGUCUCAAAUUAUAUAAUAUAAUAUACAGUAGAAGCCGCUUAUUAGAAACACGGAUAAUGGAUACAAAAUAUGUUAAGAUGGACCGGUCGUAUACUUAAACCAAUCAUUUAUUAGAAACAAUCGGUUAAUUGCCACGUUUCAUCUUGGUCCCAAAGUGUUCCUAAUAAGCGGGUUCUACUGUGCCUGUGUUGUAAUAGAAUACAAGUUUGUCUAACACAUUUGUUUUAUGCAUACAAUACAGGUAUAUGUAUACGUUCCGAGCACUUAUAAGGUGAUUAAGGAACGUUUAAAGUCUAAAGGAGUGUCGCAGAUCUCGAACCAAGAGCUGACGGGAUAUUUUUCACCAUGGUACGCUGAGCACGUUGGCAAAAUACAAUCAGCAAGUGGCAACGACACAGUCGAACGUUGGGCCCAGCAGCGGCUCAGGGUCAAGUUCUAUUUCUUCACAUUCACGUCACUCCUGAAACUUCAUGGAGACACACAAUUGCUGAGUGAACUAAACGGGAUACUCGGUAAUGAAGCACUGCUCAAACUUGACCUGAAGACACUGGCGCCGGCUUUUAAGGACAUUAAAAAAAGAGCUUGGUUUCACGAAGUGAUGGACAAUAAUUUAAAACUGUGGGAGGUCAAUAUGUAA